AUGGCUGGAUCAAGGACAACUCAAAGAUCAGAGUCAACUAAUUCAUAUUUGAACCAAUUCUUGUCAAGUAAACUCAAGCUAAGAGACUUUAUUGGUCAAAUUGAUAAUGCAUUACAAAAGAUACGACACAAUGAGCUUGAAGAUGACUUCAAAAGCAACCACUCAUCACCCCAUAUUCCACGGGACGUGUUGAGUGUGUACCAUGAACAAUUUGCAACGUACUACACAAGGAAUAUGUACGAUAAGGUGGCGGAGCAAAUAAAAGACAGUCUAUUUUACAAAGCAAAGGAAAUUGAUAGAACCACUGACUCUCGAGAAUUUUAUUUGGAAAGAUUUCCUACUGGUUUGGUACGUCACUCGGUGACCUUGAAUGAAAUAAACAACCACAUGAAGUGCACUUGUUUGCUUUUCGAGACAGAUGGGAUAGCGUGUAGGCACUUGUUCGCUGUCAUGAAAAAUGAAAAUAUUCAACUAAUUCCUCCGUCACUAAUAAAGGACCGUUGGAGAAAGGAUGCAAAGACAAGAAUAAAUCUAAAUGUCACUCCCCAUUUAAGGGUGCCCACAGAUGUAUUGCAAACCACAAGAUGGGGAACUUUGACGUCCGCAUUCAAUUGUAUGGCCCAAUAUGCAACAAAACACGAGGACACUUACGAGGAUGCGAAAAAAGAAAUAAUAGCAUUGACAUCCAAAUUCAAAAAUUUGUGUCAACAACGUCAAAUUAUUAUUAAUGAUGAUGAAAUAACUACCACAAGAGGGGAAUACAUACAACGGAGAAUUGUACAAGACCCAGUUAUAGUUAAGACAAAAGGUCGUGAGGCAAAAAAAGGCAAAGCAAAAGAAAAUGACAACACUAUUGAAGAAGAUUUUUCGAGGAAGCAAAAAAGGUGUCGCCUUUGCAAUCAAUUGGGCCAACAACAGGUCAACUUGUUCAUACAAAGAAGACCCUUUGAAAAACACAGAAGAUACAUCCCUUCAUGUUUAGCGAGCCCCAACCAAUCGAUACUAACAACUUUUACAACAAUAAGGUUGAUCGAAACAAUUAGGAGGCUCAAUUCACACACAACAACGACUCAAGCACAUUCCCAACCUACAACCAUUUUAUAUGUGCUGUUAUAA